AUGGUUGCGACCUCAGUCAUAAGCAGGACCUCCGAGUCCCUGGAUGUCUUCACUCGGCGUUCACAGCCCAAAAUAGACAUCAACCUGGAAGGUCAGACACCUGGGCUCGUCAACUCCUAUACAACUGGCGACCAGAUUGAAGGCACUGCGACGAUCACCGUGGAGCAUGAGACGCGUUUUGAUGAGGUGGAGAUUGUUCUACAAGGCACAUCGCACACCACAGUAGAACGAGCAGCAUGUCCCGGCCGUACAGGGUCCCAGCAGAUGUUUUUAAAGCUGCGCCAACCUAUCGAAGAGACAGAAUACCCAACCCCGCGACUGCUCGAAGCUGGUUGCAAGUACACCUUCCCCUUCACAUUCGUCGUCCCCGAACAAUUGCUACCCCAGGUGUGCACACACGCCAGGAGCAACCACCAAAUCCACCGAUCUCACACCAUGCUCCCACCGACAUUGGGCGAUCCCAUAAUGGCUGGAAAUGGAAAGACUCUUCUCGAUGAUAUGGCACCGGAUACGACCCAGAUCUCAUAUAUCAUCCGCGUGGCGGUCAUGAAGAGGUCGUCAACAGACCACCGUCAGGUCAAGGCACUGGCCAAUGUCGCCAAAAAGGUCCGCAUCAUUCCAACGGUCGAAGAGGAGCCUCCUAUCAACACCGUCGAUCACGCCUACUACUGUACCCGGAAGGAGAAGAGCGUAAAGCGCGGAUUCCUGCGCGGCAAGCUGGGCCGCUUGGUAGCUUCCUCAUCGCAGCCCAAGCCGAUUCGACUAUCCCCUCCCAGCUGUGAACCCCGUGACACCGUCAGCACCGUGGCUACCGUCCAGCUUCGAUUCGAGCCCGUGGGCAACGAGCAGCCGCCUCGUCUCGGCUCCAUGGCCAGCAAGCUCAAAGUGAACACUUUCUACAGUGUGACUCCCUGGGAGGAUUUCCCCUGUCAGUCUGGUACCAUGCCCUUCUCCCAGAUCGGACAAGCCCUCUUCACCGACUCUGUUGCUCUGUCGACAAUGUGUGUGGCAUCCGCACAGUGGCAGAAGCACUCCGCCCUGUCUGACACGGAUCGCCGCGACUCAUUCAACUCGACUUGCUCGACUUGCUCGGCAGACUCAACCGGCCCAUCUACUUCCUUCUCUGGAGACACCUACUACACCGCAUCAGUCGUGGUUCCCAUCACGCUCCCCAAAAACAAGACAUUCGUGCCGACGUUUCACUCAUGCCUGAUGUCUCGCACCUACUCACUCGACCUCUCAGUGACGUAUCAAACCCCGGGUGCAAACGUCCUCACGCCUACCGUCUAUCUCCGACUGCCAAUCCAGAUCAUCUCCCAGUCCAAGUGUGACUCUCUCAAGUCAGCCAUCGAGGGAGUGAUUAUCACGCAGGAAGAAAUGAACGCCUUUUUCCAACCCCGAUCUGUAACUCCGCUUGUGAGUGAAGCAGUCAUCGAUGUGAACUUGGCACCACCCGAGUACUCGGAGACCAUUUCUUCUACCGUACCCCGCUUGCAAGCUGCUACUUGA